UUCUCUGUCAGGGGAAGUCUCAGUCUCGGCUUCAAAAGCACAAACACGCUCUCACAGCAAAGGAAGCCAGUCCUUGACUGCAGAGGAAGCAGGAAGCAGCCGGCCCCGCUCGCAGCCCAGCGGCCGGGGCUCAGGGACAGCGGCAUGGAGUCGGUGGCCCUGUACAGCUUCCAGGCCACGGAGAGCGACGAGCUGGCCUUCAACAAGGGGGACACACUCAAGAUCCUGAACAUGGAAGAUGACCACAACUGGUACAAGGCUGAGCUCCGGGGCGCAGAGGGCUUCGUGCCCAAGAACUACAUCCGUGUCAAGCCCCACCCGUGGUACUCGGGCAGAAUCUCCCGGCAGCUGGCGGAAGAGAUUCUGAUGAAGCGGAACCACCCGGGAGCCUUCCUGGUCCGGGAGAGCGAGAGUUCCCCAGGGGAGUUUUCCGUCUCGGUGAACUACGGGGACCAGGUGCAACACUUCAAGGUGCUGCGUGAGGUCCCGGGGAAGUACCACCUGUGGGAGGAGAAGUUCGACUCUCUGAACGAGCUCGUCGCCUUCUACCGAACAACCACGAUCGCCAAGAAGCGGCAGGUGUUCCUGCGGGAUGAGGAGUCCGUGGUCAAGGUGGGUGGGCGGCCGUGGGCAGGCCAGACCCCGGACCCCAGGUGUCAGGAGCGGAGUCCUGCCCCGCUGGUAAAGUUCCCUCCUGGGGACGCUACACCGGGUGGGGGAGCGGGGAAAGGAAGGAGCAGGGGGCGACUUGGGGCGGACGGAGCCUGGCUGGUCCUCGGCCCCUGGACCACAGCAGGUGCUCACAGCAGGUGCUCAAUAGUGUUCGUGGAGUGAGUGGAGGUCCGGAGCCUCCUGGGAGCCUCCUGGCCCCCGGAGCACAGGCAGGAAACAGGCUCAGGAACCACGUGACUCAGCCAAGGCCACUUGCCGGCAGGGUCAGGGCUGGCUUCUGCUCCCAAGGAGCUGGCCUGGGGCGAGGGUGGGGCAGCGCCAGCGAUCUUGGGCGAGGUCCUGGAGGGUGGAGGGGGUCGCCGCCCCUCGUCCUCGCAAUAACAGCAAUUUGCCAGCCAGCUCUUUCAUCAAGGGGCCCAGGGGCCAGCUCUCUCAUUAGGACGAUGACACCAGCCAGUGGGGUCGUUAGCCCCGAUGUGCUGUUUCCCCAGCGUGUUUACCCUGGGAGGGGGAGUCGGUGAGGCCCGGGGCUGGAGGUCGGGAUGCUGGGUGGCCCGGUGAACUCGGGUUCUGCAGAGCACGGGAGCAUGGGGGGCUGCCGCUCCAGUCCUGCCCUGUUCCUAGACCCUGCUGGCCCGCCCUGUGUGACCGUAGGGCCGGUUCUUCACUCCCCUGGGCCUCAGUGUCCCCUCUGCCAGCAGGAUGAGCCUGGGACCUGAUAUGCCAGAGGGUCAACUAGCGCCUCAGGAGGACCGCCCCGCCCCAUUCCCACAGCCUGCUCUGCCCACUCAGCCUGGUCCUGGGGCCUGGGCAGCUCCCAGCUCAGUCUCGGGGAUCCCUCUGCUUCCCAGACCCCCAUCCCUCCCAGCUCUGCCCUUGGGGAGUACGAGGGGCCAGGAUGGAGCUGGGGGCCGCCGGAGGGCUCCCCCAUACCCACUGCCUUGCCCUGGCCUGGCCCUGGCGUCACCCACCCUGUGGGCAACUGCGGAGGUCUGGGACCCAUGCCGCCUCCUCCUUCCUGGGCAGAGAACCGCUAAUUACAGCCUGUCUGGGAUCCUAUCGCCUGUCCUGGAUAAGAUUCUGCAGGCUCAGAGCAGAGAGCCUGGUGGGCAGGCAAGGCCGGGCGCUGGGCACAACCGUCACGGCGCCAGGCUGAUGUGCCUGCGAAGAGACCCUGUCCACCUGCCACUUGCAGGUGGGGAUCCCAGUCCCACAGGGACAGGGACUGGCCCAAGGUCACCUUGGGCCAUAGCUAGGACUGGAACCAGGGCACAGGCACAUCCUCCCCCUCAGAGCCUGGCCGGUGGCAAGAGCAGUAAACUCUGCCCCCAGCUACAUAGCACUUGACAGUUUAUAAGGCCCAUCCCUGUGCUCCUGGAGCCUGGAGUCAAAAGUUAGCACAGCUGCUGCAGAAUCUGGAAAGAGACCCCAAGUUGGGCAGGGACCCACCCAAAGUCCCACCCUGAGGCCCAGGACUCAGGUCCCUUGACCGCCGGCCGUGGUGGUCCAGCUGGGCACUGGGACAGUGGCUGGUCCUGUGCUGGCGCGGGGUCUGUGCCGCAGACAUGCGGGAGGCGGGAGGGAGGAGGCAGGAGGCCCGUGGUGGGGUGGCCUGCGCCUGGACCUGGACACAGAGGUGGGUUCAACCCCAGGGCUUCCUGGAAGCCCCCACCCGUCGAAUCACUCUGGGGCCUCCGUGGGGACAGCCCAGCGGGGGCUCCCAAAGGGCCCCACUGACUACUUCCUCCUCCCGCAGCCGCCUCGGGCCUGCUAUGCCCAGGCCCAGUUCGACUUCUCCACCCAGGACCCCUCCCAGCUCAGCUUCCGCCGCGGUGACAUCAUCGAGGUCCUGGAGCGCCUGGACCCCUGCUGGUGGCGGGGCCGACUCUGCG